GUGAAAUUUUUUAUUAAGCAGAACGGGCAUGAAAAUUCCAAACUGCGGUGGCCGGCAAUUGCCCUUAGAAAUUACGUAAUCGACUCCGUGCUCUUCCACACGACGACUGCUUCUCAAUCUUCAUCCUCAGUCGGCACUCAUCCGUCCUACCACGUAAUAGCAGAUCAAAGAGCGCGUGGCCUCUCUCCAAUAUUUUUCCUUUCUCCAACUCUUCCAUCUCUCACCCCGUCUUGGAUCAUUUCGCCGUCUCCUCAGAUCUGCGAUCGAUCGUCGCCUGAUAGGCCGAUCUCUUACUUGCGCGCAUAGAAUUGCAGAUAUCACGGUCGGAGUUUGAGAUUUUAAUCGAUUUCACCUCCCUUACUAGAUCUCAUCAGGCGUUUGUGAUUGUAUAGUUUGCCAUCUUUCCUUUCGAAUCGUUGCAUCCGGAAUCCGAAGAUUUGAUAACGGCGGAGGUAAGAAAUUUUUGCAUCGGUAAGUUGUGUCGGUGAAUCGAUGGUGGAUUGCCGAAGCCUGAUCGAGUUCUGCCGGGCUUUCGAGGAGCAUCGGCAGACGGCGAACUUACAGGCUUCACUGGACAGUCGGAAUUGUCUAUCUAGUGCCCGGAAUAGAAGGUUCAAAUCUUUGAACCCCCUCUCACAUCCUUUCUGCGAGCAGUCCCCUCAAGCAGCCAUGGACGUCUUCAUGCUUAUACUUGUUCUCGGCUCGAUCGGUGUUUUAACUGUGCCCUGUUUCAAACUAAUUUACGAUGAAGCUUCUGAGAUGUUCCCUGUGGCGGUUGACCUUAUGGGCGAGGUCGUCUGUCUUACCUACAUAGCCUACGCUACUGGUUUUGUCCUGAUGGUGGUCACAGGCAUUGCUCUUUGGGAGAUCAUCAAUCAACAGCUUAGGAAGUGCGGGAAUCCAAAUUGUAGGGGGCUCAGGAAAGCGGUAGAGUUUGAUAUCCAGCUUGAAUCUGAAGAGUGUGUGAGGUUCAUGCCGCCCUUGCCGAAGGAUGCAUUUGGCAAUCAAACACUGGGGCUGGGACAGGAUCACAAGGAGUUGGAAGCUGAAUUAAAGAAGAUGGCGCCUCUGAAUGGCCGCACUGUUCUCAUCUUUCGCUCACCCUGUGGAUGCCCAGCAGGCAGAAUGGAAGUUUGGGGGCAAAAGAAAGUCCGGCGUAUCAAGAAAUCACUCAUGCUGCACCAAUAAUGACAGAUUUCAUGCAAAGAAAAAAAAGAAAGAAAGAAAAGGAAUGAUGGAGUAAAGGUUGGGAAGGAGGAUGCCUUCUUGAUAGCAAAAUUAACAUUUCAUGAACAAGCUGAGACCAUAUCAGAUAAUUAUCCACUGUGCAGGACAUGCCGUGCUCUUUUGCAACAAUGUCAAUGUUCAUGUGAUCGUAAUGAAGU